AUGAUCAUGAACGACGACUCGCUGUUCUCUCUCUACGACGACAUUCGCUAUUUGAAUCCGGAGGAGGACGAGAACGGCUUCGAAGAGGAGGGCAUGGAGGAAUCCAUGGAGGACGAGAGCUUCGACCACGCCGCGGACCGCGUGGCGGACGACGCGAGCAGCACGGAGAAGGGCGAUUUGAAGGACGAGGACGACAUUAUUGAGGGCGAUAUCGUGGUUGUGACGCCGCCUUCCAACGAGGGAUUUUUGUUCAUGAAGAGCAAGCGCGCGUACCGCCCGGUGACCGUGCAUUACCCGCGUUCGCUCUCGCUGAAGUCGCUGCCCGAGCCCAACGCGCACAAGGAGAAGGAGCGUCGCGCGGUGGUGGUGAAAGUGAUCGGGACGGAGCGCGUAGCGUCGAUAUCUGGACAAGGACGAGAGCGAGGAUCGCCAGCACUCGCUUCGUCUCGCGCGCCACUCCAUCGAUCUCGGCGAGAAGCUCCAUCUCGGCGGGUCGGAGCUGGACGGGAAGAAGCGCGGGAAGUACCAGUCGCUGGCGCGCAGCCUACACGCGUGUCAGCGAAGCCAAGUCCACAAGUGGGUCGACGAGGACGACCAGAAAUUCUUGCUGAUGAAGUGCGUCAACGACGUAGGAAGCAGGGCGCUGGACUGACCCCAAGGUUCUCAACGAGCGAAACGAGAAAUACGAGAAGCGAUCGAACAAGUCGGACGCCAAAUCGGACGCCAAAUCGGACGCCAAAUCGGACGCCAAAUCGGACGCCAAAUCGGACGCCAAAUCGGACGCCAAAUCGGACGCCAAAUCGGACGCCAAAUCGGACGCCAAAUCGGACGCCAAAUCGGACGCAGGAUCUUCCGAGAACGCUCCGUAGCCUCUUGCUCCCUUUCCUUUUAAUCCGCAGCAAUCCGCUGUUCAUCGUCUUCGAGGACGCGCCUGCGAUCAUUCGCCGUCGCAACGCGAACAUCCUGCAGCUGCUGAACAUCCACGAGAAGGUGUUCCACUUCCCGAUCUUCGUCAUCCUCACGGAGAAGUCGCGCGCGCGCCAGCAGCCGGUGCACAACGACAUGAUGAUGAUCGGCGGGCUGAACAUGAACGUGAUCAUGGGCGGCACGUUCCACCCGCGCACCGACAACCGAUCGCACAUCGAGCAGUACUUCGACAACGUGAUGGAGAAGAGCUUCGUGCUGCCCUACCCGGGCGGAAAAAUCACGGUGCCGAGCGACAUUAUGGUGAUCGACGUGCCGGUGCCGCAGGACACCAAGUUCAAAUACUCGUACGAGAAGCGCGUGGAGGAGGACGAGAAGCUCGCCAUGCGCAACAAGCACAUCAAGGAGCUCGAGUUCUUCUUGCGCGCACAUCACUUGUACUGCCCCGAGACGCGGAGCGUGCGCUACCUCGAUCUGAAACGCAUCAAAUACUGGCUGCCGAUCAUCCGCAUGGCGUACUCGCUGCAAGUCUCCGCGGGAAUGACCUAUCUGAAGGAGCAGGAUAUCUACGACGUGUACAACAAGAGCAAGGACACGAUCACGCGCACCGGCAAGCCCGUGUACGUGAGUGAGAACGCGGGCGACACGCUGUACGGCGUGGUGAGUCGCAAAUGCAUCGAGUUGGCGCUCAAAGUCGCGUACAACACGCAGAAAGAGGCGCAGCCCGACACUUCGCAGGAGAUCCGGUGCAAGAACGAGAGCGAGCGCCGACUGAUCCACAACGGCUCGUUCAUCUCCCCGAACAACAUCACGGUGGGCUUCGACGACGUGGGAUCCCUCGAGAACGUCAAAGCCAAACUCCGCGAAGCGAUCAUUCUCCCGCUUCGUCGCCCCGAGAUCUUCGCGCAGUCGUCUCUCCUCAAGAGCUGCAAGGGAUUGCUGCUCUUCGGACCGCCGGGCACCGGCAAGACGAUGCUGGCGAAGGCGCUGGCGCGCGAGAGCGGCGCCAACUUCCUCAGCAUCGCCACCUCCACGAUCUUCAACAAAUACGUGGGCGAUUCCGAGCAGAACACGCGUGCCAUCUUCACGCUGGCGGCGCGGCUGUCGCCCUGCGUGAUCUUCAUCGACGAGAUCGACUCGCUGCUGAGCUCGCGGCAGUCGUCCGACAGCAGCGAGGAGUACACGCGGAAGGUCAAGAACGAGUUCAUGGCCAGCUGGGACGGGCUCAUGACCGACGAGAACCUCCGCGUGGUGGUGAUUGGCUGCACGAAUCGGCCGUUCGACCUGGACGACGCGGUGCUGCGGCGCUUCUCGCGGAAAUUGCUGGUGGAUUUGCCGGAUGCGGAGCAGAGAGAGAAGAUUCUGAAGGUAAUCCUGCGCAAGGAGAAGCUCAGCGACGACGUGGACUUGAAGGCCAUCGCGAGCGACUCCAUGACCAAGGGAUUCUCCGGAAGCGACUUGUAUAAUCUCUGCCAGACCGCCGCGUACAUGCCGAUUCGCGAGAUCGUGGCCAGCGAGGAAAAGGACCCUGCGGUGAACCAGAAGCCGAAGAUGGAUAGCAUGGGCCUGCUUUCGCUGGAGGACGACGACAGCGACGCCAUGGAGGUCGAGGAGAAGAAGGAGGUGACCGUGCGGCCGCUGCAGAUGAAGGACUUCGAGAAGGCGUCGAAGGAAAUCACGUUUAGCUUCGAGGAAAGCAACACGGUGAUUCGAGCCAUUCGGGAGUGGAACGAAAAGUACGGAGACAGCGGAUCGAGAAAGUCAGACGACCUGUCGUAUUACAUUUAAGGGAUCG